AGUUGGGUUGAGCAACGCCCACGACGAUGGAUUCGUUCUCGGCGUCACCACCGACGACGCCUGUGCGUCGGCUGACGAUGAACGGCGCUGAGCCACCCAUUCCUUCUUCUCCAAGCACCUCUACUUUCUCUCUCAUCGCCAUUGAUGAGGUGAACGAGCACGACUUCUGGACCUAUCACGCCUACAACGACAGUCCAAGACGACACGCAUUUCGAUCAACACCCACCCUCAAUCAUUUCUCCUCGCCGGCUUCUUCUUCCUCAUAUUCAGAUUACACACAUCUCUCAUCUUACACGUCUUCUCCAAGUAGCAGUGGCGGUGGCGGUUUACGGUCGUUAUUUCCACGCAUCUGGGACGUGCUUGUCUCCUCCCCAACGAAGAAUAUCCUCCACGUUUCCCCCACUCGAACUCAGCGACAUCGCGCACAUACGAUAUAUGGCACCUUUCCUCGAGUGAAGUCACCGUUCCCUUCAAACACUCUGGUUCCCUUUCCGACGCUAAAUUCGUCGUCGCCUCCACCGGGAGAUCCUUUCACUCCCGUAUCUUUUAGCACUGGUGAUCACCGCUCGCCAAUCCAUCGUCCGUCUGUCUCCUCUAUUCAUUCAUUCUCCUCGUCGUAUACCCUCAUCAACUACACUGAUCUUGCUCCACUCGAUGACGAAGAGGGAGAACUCAUCGACGUAGACGACGAGGCAUGUUUCCCUUUCCCUUCCGAUGACGACCGACACGAACUUGCGUUCACAUGCAAGUAUAACUGCACAUAUGCCUGUGCACACCUCAUGACAUGGACGGCCCUUCCUAAAGCAAGUUUCAGUCGUGCAAGGGUUGUAACCGGUAUUGAUAUCGUCGGAACACUUCCAGUCGAGCUUGGGCUAGAGAUAUUAUCUUAUCUCGCAUCAAUAUCUGAUUCGGGCUUGGAGGACAUCCUUGCAUGUGCAAGUGUCAGCAGGACAUGGCGCUCGCUUGCGUUGGAUAAUUCAUUAUGGAAAAAGCUGUUCGAGGGGAGGUGGGGGUCAGGCAGGAUCACUCAGAAUAAGAAGAAGAUUCAGAAACUUAUGAGAAAGCAGCAGCAAGCGGGUUAUUACUAUCGAACCAAGAAGCUGCCUCCUGUUCCUGGUUGCAGGGAUGACGAUACAUCAGAAACGGAUGAAGGGAUUCUGACCAUAGAUUACCGAUCCGUAUUUCGAGAACGUAUUGAACUGAAUCGACGCUGGGCAGGAACCGCAUUUACAAAACGAAUCAUCUCGGUACCGCCUAGCUCAUUUACUACACCUCCGAGGAUGUCCGCAUCGCAAUCUUCAUCUUCAAGUAUCUUCCUUCCCAUCUCAGCUUCGAAUUCUACGUCAUCGUCCGCAAGCAACUCAGCCCACUCGUCUCAGAGCACAUUGCAUCUACCGUUACCUGGAUCAUAUCCUCAUUCUCGCAGCCCUAGUCCUCGUCGUCCACAUACACCGUCUAUGACGCCGCAUUACGCUAAAGGCAGACCUUCUCGAGGCAGGAGGAUGGAGUCGGGAGAGGGGUUGUACCAGUAUGACAAGUUUGAACCCUCUGUCUCGAAGCUAGAGGGCCACGUAGACAGUGUUUAUUGCGCGGAGUUUACCCACGAAGGGGACUUUGCGCAUGAAGACUUCAUCUUUACAGGUUCUCGCGAUCGGACAAUAAAGAUGUGGGAUCUGACGAGUGGCAAGUGUAUUGGGACCUUUCGAGGUCAUAAGGGAAGCGUUUUGUGCUUGAAGUUCUUCUGGUUAUCAGAAGAAAGUGGUGUCAUGUACUCUGGUUCUAGUGAUAGGACUAUUUUUGUUUGGGAUGUCUGGUUAAAUAGGCAAGGUACAAGUGCGAAGGUCAGAACCAUUUUGAGGGGACAUGGUGGUGGUGUACUGGAUCUGGCGGUGGAUAGCCAGUGGGUUGUUAGUUGCUCGAAAGAUGCAGCGAUCCGGAUAUGGCCGCGAGAAUCGAUAUUCCCAGACAAGUUUGGGCAAGGGCCUACGCCCUAUCUCACCCUUGAGGGUCAUGAUGGACCUGUCAAUGCCGUGGGGCUUGAUAACGGACGCGUUGCCAGUGCUAGUGGUGAUGGCAAGAUCAUCCUUUGGGACGUUGAAACUGGGGCAAGGUUGCAAACUCUCGAAGGCCAUGAACGGGGGUUAGCAUGUAUAGCCUUCAAACACAACCUUGUUGUCUCCGGUUCCAGCGACCGUAGAAUCAAAAUCUGGUCGACGGAAACGGGAGCUUGUCUUUGCACGUUGGAAGGUCAUGAAGCCUUGGUUCGAGCGCUUCGGUUCGAUGCUGUCAGAGGAAUUUUAGUCAGCGCUAGCUAUGACAGAACUGUGAGAGUGUGGGAUGUCGGGGACGUGGUUCGAGGUGGUGAUGAGCUUCCUCAACCCAAGCUACUGCAAGAUUUUAGGAAUGUCCACACGAGUCAUAUCUUUGACGUCAAAUUUGAUCACAGGAGAAUCAUCAGCACAUCUCACGACCAGAAAGUCGUGAGCGUCGAUUUCUCGAAGGGACUUGAGACCACCAGUUUAUUAGUUUGAUGGCUGUGGAAGAAUGGACCCCAAGUCCUUUCGCUUGUGGUGUAUAUAUAAGUUAUCUAUGUAUGUGAACUUUUCCCUUUUCUUCAUAUUGCUUUCGUUAGCGACAUAUACUUGUCUUUGUGAUCACUCAAGC